AUGAAUCAAAGCCAAGCUACAAUAUCACACACCUUAUCUGAUCCAGUCCUAUUGUCAGAUGAAAGACACAAAGGAAAGCUAUCACACCUUUCAGUAAAAUUAUGGAACAUGUUGAAACAAAACCAAGCUUGUGACAUCAAGAUAAAAACUUGUGAUGUUGAUGUCAAUGCUCAUUCGUGUAUAUUAAUAGCUACGUCUGAGUAUUUCAGAAAAUGCUUUGACCUUAUCUCACGCAAGCGUGGUACUGCAGAAAUCUCUGGACUUAUAAUUGAUAUACGGCUACAAUUAGGACCAGGACUGAAUUACAAAGACUUGAUGAAUAUCUUACAUUAUAUUUACACUGGAGAUAUUGAAGUAACACCUGACAAUUGCAUAUUUCUGUUUAAGGCUAGCAGGAUUCUUGAAUUAGAAUACCUUACAGAACUAAUAAUACCCCUUUAUGUAAAGAUCUGCAGCCUUCAGAUAUCAGACUUGUCAGCCAAAGAAAAACAAUAUCUUCAUAACAAAACCAAUUACAAAAAACAUGAAGCUGCUGACACAAGCAAGUCAGAAUCUCAAACUCUUCCAGCAAAAGGUCUAGGAAAUAAUCCUGAAGAGGAACAUGUAUCGUUGGUGACAGGAAACAUCUUACCAGAACAUGAUAUUGAUGAAGACAGUAUGGGAGGAGAGACAUCAAAUGACAUCAAUAAAGAAACAUUUGAAGAAAAAGAACCUCAAAUGGAGACUAAGAGCAGCCAUCUGAUGAACCUCGAAUGUGAUGAAGAUGAUGCUGAUGCUAGUAAACAAGGAUCUCCUAUUAACUCAGAAAACCUUGAUGCUCUUGGUGAGGUUAAGUUAGAGAUUGAUAAAAUGGACUUAAACAGUGAUGAAUUUAUCUCUAAUGAUGCAAAUGAAGGGAACCCAAAUGAUGAUGAAUUAAUCAUAAAUGGAGGGGCAAAUUUAGAGUAUGAUCAAGGGAAUGUAAAUCCUGAAUUGAACUCAAAUGAUGAACCAAACUCAAAUGAAAAUAGAGUUAACUCAAUUGAUGAAUCUCUCCACACCACUGAAGAACUGACAGAUGCAAUUAAAGAUGAAAUAUAUUAUGGUAAUGAAACAACUAAAGAUACAUCAUCAGCAACAAUAACAAGUAGCUUGCUAAAUAGAGACAAUGAAAAUGAUAGUGGCACAUCACAAUGUGUUCAACUUGAGAUGGAAAAUAAAACAAUCAUUCCUGUAUAUAUUGAUCAUACAUACUCAUCUGUACUCAAUAUUACAGACUCAUUUGAAGGUGGAGCACAUUAUAGUAAGACUGAGAGCAGACACCUGAUGAACCUUGAAUGUGAUGAAGAUGAUGCUGAUGCGAGUGAACAUGAAUCUCCUAUUAACUCAGGAAACCUUGAUGCUCUGGAUGAGGUUAAGUUAGAGCCUAAUGAAAUGGACUUAAACAUUGAUGAAUUGAUCUCUAAUGAUGCAAAUGAAGGGAACCCAAAUGAUGAUGAAUUAAUCAUAAAUCAAGGUGCUCAUUUAGAGAAUGAUCAAGGGAAUGUAAAUCCUGAAUUGAACUCAAAUGAUGAACCAAACUCAAAUGAAAAUAGAGUAAGCUCAAUUGAUGAAUCUGUCCACACAACUAAAGAACUGACAGAUGCAAUUAAAGAUGAAAUAUAUUAUGGUAAUGAAACAACUAAAGAUGCAUCAUCAGCAACAAUAACAAGUAACUUGCUAAAUAGAGACAAUGAAAAUGAUAGUGGUACAUCGCAAUGUGUUGAACUUGAGAUGGAAGAUAAAACAAUCAUACAGGUAUAUAUUGAUCGUCCUUACUCAUCUUUUCUAAAUACUGAUAUGGUCAAUCACUUCCAGGAUGUACCAAAUGUGAAUAUCCAAAAGAUGAAUGAAUUCAAAGAUGGGGAAGAUGGCACAAAUGUCCAUAGGGAUGAUAUACAUGAAGAAACCCUUCUGAAUGAUCAGGAAAGGUAUUUGGAUUUAUAUCAGGAAAAGUGUCAAUAUGCAGUCACUCAUAGUCCCUUUAAUAUAAAUGUACCUAGUUUUGGUGAUGAUUACACAAAACCUUGGCCUGUUUCACUUGCAAAUAUCACUUCUGGAGUGGAAAAUGAGAUUAAUAUUGGAUACAAUGGAACUUGUGCAGAAAGUAAGGAGGUAAUCACAAGAGACAAUAAAACUGAUAACAACGUUACAAAGAUUCAUAACCCAAGUGAGCAAGUCCCUGUGCUUUAUGGCUCUGUGGAAGAGGUAUCUAAAAUCAAUGAUGAUGCACCAGUCAUCAUCAAACGAAGCUGUAGGAGGUUAGCUAGUCAUAUGUAUCACAAACAUGGUAUUGUCCAAUCCGGAUUCAGACUUCUGAAAUGUGCUGAGGAAUAUAAGAAGGAACCCAAUUGUACUUAUGCUACUGUCGGAAAAAUAUAUUUGAAUGGGCACAUCAGGAUUAGACACAAACAAGAUCACAUUAUAAGACCAGAAAUCAAGAAACGAAAAUUCCAGAAACCAACAUUCCAAUGCGAGGAAUGUGGUCAAAGGUAUUUUUCAAAGACUGCUGUAGAAGACUGCUUAGAAGCACAUCGCAGGAGGGAACCAGUUCCCUGCCGCAUGCCUUCUUGUAUGAAGACCUUCCUGACUAAGAGAAGAGAAAAAUGGCACUACAAGAAAACCCAUGAUGAGGGGGCUGCAGAAAAGAGAAGAACCAAAUUGGUUUCAAAUGUUCCCAAUAUUUGUCAAGCUUGUGGGAAAGACUUUAGAGAAAGAUGUCGUUUGGUGCAGCACGAAUCUAAGGUUCACAAAAUUCCACUACCAAAGGGUUAUCACAGAUAUCAAUGCAAUCGCUGCAGUUUUUGGGAUAUUUCCCGAGGCACUGUCAGGUUCCACGAACGUCGACAUGAAAAGCAAGGAAUUAAGCAAUACUCAUGUGAAGUCUGUGGGAAGAAAUUUACCUGUUUCUAUUCUAAGGAAAUUCAUUACAGAACAUACCAUGAAGGGAAGGGUUACAAAUGUGAACAUUGUGAUAAACUGCUACCAAGGAAAAGUAGUCUAAUUCAACAUACUAGAGUCAUGCACACACAUAAGAACAUCAAAAGAUACCAAUGCCAUCUUUGUGAGCACUGCUGCAAAAUUAAGGGAAACUUACGCCUUCAUCUUAGAAAUAAACAUAAGCUUACAGUGGCCACGCAUAGCAAAGGUUCAAGUGUGAGUAGUGAACAACUAAAGGAUGCAGUUAUAAUAACCAAGGAAGGUAGUGUCGUACCAUAUGUUCCUGAACUUUCAGAAGACCUACAUGGCCAGAGCUAAAUGCCAAUGAC